AUGACCUCUGCAGGACGACCCCGAGACUCGGACGAAGAGACUCCGCUGCUCGCCGGAGAGCAGCAUCGCAACAAGCCCUCGACCAUCCCUUGGGGGCAGUUCACCAUCAUUCUCAUCCUCCAGCUCGCGGAGCCGCUCACGAGCCAAGUCAUCUAUCCUUUUGCUCCUGAGCUCAUCCGGAACAUUGGGAUCACGCACGGAGACGAAACGAAGGUGGCUUACUACGUCGGCGUCAUGCAAUCUAUCUUCUUUGCAACCCAAGCGCUUACCGUCUUGCACUGGAGUAGGAUAUCAGAUCACAUUGGGCGCAAGCCCGUGAUCAUGACAGGUUUGAUGGGUCUCUCGCUCUCCAUGUAUUGCUUCGGGCUCUCGAAGACAUUCUGGGGUGCUGUGGUCAGUCGUAGUCUGAAUGGCGCCCUUAACGGCAACAUCGGGGUCAUGAAGAGCAUGCUCGCCGAGAUCACGGACCCAAGCAACAUUGCACAGGCGUACGCUUUCAUGCCAAUCGCUUGGUCUACCGGGGCGACUUUGGGUCCCAUUAUCGGCGGCUCGCUCUCUCGGCCCGCGGAGCGGUAUCCUUCAGUGUUCGGAGAAUCCGAGUUCUUCAAAGCGUAUCCGUACUUCCUCGCAUGCGCUAUCCCCGCGACAUUCUCGCUCUGCGCGUGCCUCACGACCUUCUUCUUCCUCAAAGAGACGGUGAGAAGCCCAGUGUCGGUCCGUGAGCUCCUGCGCAGGGCGCCGCGCGAAGCCGCUGUCGAGCAGAACGCGGCCCCAGCGUUGACGAUCAAGGCCACGGCAGACGACGACGCGGAGCGCCCCCUGCCCGUGGGCCGCCUGCUGACGCCCAAGGUGCUCAUCGCGGCCGGCAACUACGCGUUCCUCGCCGUCGUCGACAUCAGCCUGCGCGCCCUCCAGCCGGUGUUCUACUCGACCCCGAUCGCGCUCGGGGGGCUCGGGAUGGACCCGCAGGCGAUCGGGUACAUCCUCUCCGUGUACGGGAUCAUCAACGGGGGGCUGCAGAUCUUCCUCUUCCGCCGGAUCCACGACCGCUUCGGCACGAAGCGCGUGUACAUGACCGGCAUCGCGAGCGUCGUGCCCGUGUUCGCCAUGUUCCCGUUCAUCAACGCGCUCGCGCGCGUCGAGGGCCUCAGCGACCGUGUCUGGGCGCUCGCUUUAGGCCAGGCCCUGCUGUCCAUCAUCAUCAACUUCUCGUACGGCUGCGUGUUCAUCUUCAUCACCUCCUCGUCGCCGAACCGGGCCUCGCUCGGCACGGUGAACGGCAUGGCGCAGAUGAUGGUCUCCGUCAUGCGCGCCGUCGGGCCCGCGACCGCCAACUCGCUCUUCUCGCUCUCGAUCGACAAGGAGCACCACCUUAUGGGCGGCCACUUCGUCUACCUCGUCCUCGCGCUCGUCACGUGCGUCGCGCUCUUCGUCGCGACGCUCCUCCCCGAGAAGGACACGUCGGACGCGCGGAGCUCGUGA